CACACUACUACAUACAAAUACUAUACAAAACUACUCACCCUUUGCAAACCAAAAUGGAGACGGCACCAAAAGUAAUUUUACCUACCCAGGAGGGUCCCGGAAACGGGGAAUCCCUCACCGCGCCAUCGCAACCGGCCACGGCCGGAAGCGUGGCUGCGGUCUGCCCCACGUACUCUGGGGGGGGCAAGGUACCGCCUCGUGCUCAGCACGCCCAACGACCCAUUUGCUACUCCCAACGGACCGACGGACCCGCUUUAAAUGAACAUACCACCAUUCCAGAACAACGGACCCCACAAAUAAAGCCCACUCGACUAACCUUGACCGACACGAUGGACAAUACGAUAAACACCUCCUCCUUGGCUGCCGCACUCCCGCCUCCGAAUCUCGACUCUGCCUGGACCCAAGUGGUGCCCAGGCACAAAAGGCGGAAAAACAAAAACAAAAGACGAAAACGGACAAACAAACGAGUAGGGGAGGAAUUGAAUAGGCCAAUGGCAAGGACGGGCGGGGACACCCAGGUGACAGGUAAUAACCGGAUAGGGGGCUCAGAUGGUCCAAGUGGGACUGGGCUGCAGUCGACAUCCGGCGGCAGCUCACCCGCGGUGAAUGUCGCUUCACGUCCGGGGACAAACCAUACCACGGGUGUGUUCCCAUCAAGACCGGCCAAAGGCAUUUUCAAUCCCAAUUCAAACGCACAAAGUCUAAACAUCCCCGCCCAACGUCGGACACACCCCGCCGCCUGCAAUUCUAGUGGGCGAAGUGGCGGUGAGGCCGACGGCAAGGGCGGGAACCCUGCGGCGUCGUCGUCGACGAGCCAGUCCGGCAAAAAGCGGGAUAGGCUUGACGAUACGAUCUCGCCCCGGGGACUUCAUAAACGGCAAAAAACGGAAAGACGCACAAGGGCUGGGGCGACGUACGCGAGUGUGGCGCAACCACAUCUUAGCGUCGCGAUCGCCCUACAACCAAAGAGCGAUCUUACAAACCAGGAGGCGGCGGGCAUCCAAAGCCAGAUCUCAAAAGAGAUAAUUGGAACCUGCCUACAAGACCCUAUACCGGGUCUGCCUCUUACCCAUGCACCAGUCUUCACAGGGAAGGCCAUCUUAAGUGAGGGCGUCCUAAAACUGUGGUGCAAGGAUGAACCUUCACUCCAGUGGCUACACGCAGUCGUCCCACGGCUGAAGUCACCACGGGAGAAUCACACUGUGGUCGUACAAAGGCAAUGCGACAUCCCAAGCCGGAUCAAGACGGCUCUUUAUGUGCCGGAUUACGACGGGGACAUUGGUACUCUGCACCGGGUCCUCAGCCGUCAAAACCCGGCCUACGAUGUAAAAUCAUGGUCUUUGUACAACUACAAGAGGACAAACAGCCGGCCUCCUGGAGUAUUCCUAGUUAUGGGAAUACCCCAGGAACAAAUCGAGAAAAUCCUCUCACAUGAGAGAAGGAUGGCCUACAUGACCGGCUCCAUCUAUCUCAGAUUCUUCCGGAAUGAAGAACUGAGUGAGAUACCACCAGGGUGGGACCUCCCUCCCGCCUCUAAGAUGGAGACCGAAACAACGGGAACAAAGGCAGCUGACUCAAAGACAGAGGCCUCUGUUACCAAAACCCCCGGUAAAAACAUCUCAGACAACACUGAACCCGACUUCACGGCACCCGGACCUAGUGCACCACCCUCCUCGGAUGGGACACCAUGGGAAGGAUGCCGUGAGUCGGAGGAAGUGAACUCUGAUGAUUCAGAUGGCUCCAUGGACCAUCUAAACAUCUUCAUCCAAGAGUGGGCCCCUGGGGCCCACCCAAACUGAUUCUCUUUUAGCGUUCAGUACCAUACAAGUGCUGCAGGCCAACCUCCAGCACAAAAUACUGGCUGUAGCGGCUCUACGGCGACAGCUGGAGGUCCACGCUGACACCAUAGCCCUGAUCCAAGAGCCGUGGGUCAGGAAUAACACAGUAUGCGGACUCAGCAACUGCAGCGAGACCUAACUACAGUAAGAAUACAAAAAGGAACGCCUCUUUCGUCGCAGGCGCCAGCCCGGCCGCUAAUCCUGGCAUCGCUAUACUUACCAAUUGAAGAACAAAUACCACCGCAACAGGUCGUGAACCUCAUCAAAUAUUGUGAAGAAGGCAACAUUGACCUCAUAAUAGCAGUGGACACAAAUGCACACCACUCCCUAUGGGGCAGUGAAGACAACAACAAGAGAGGUAUAACCGACAGUCCUCUGUGCAGAGCAUGCAUGGAGGAAGAGGAAACCCCGAUACAUGUUAUGCUUAGAUGCAGAGGUGUAUCCGUACAACGCGCAGCACACAUUGGAUCCCCAGCAACACUCCAUGAGGCGUU